AUGCAGACUGGUGGUUUUGAAAAUAACCAUAGUUGGCAAAUUCCCAUUAGUCUCAAUGACUUCAGAAUUUUAAGUAAUAAUGAAAGUCUACUUUGUGAAAUCUUUGAGAAGAAGUUUGACUGUCUCUCUGUCCUAGAAUCUCCAGUUCAGGAAUGUAACAGCAAUAAUUCUUUGAUAAUCUUCAGGAAAAUGCUGAUUCCUGGGCUAGAGUUAUCUGUUUGGAACGAUGACCUUACCAGGCAUGCUGUUGAUGUAGUAGUGAAUGCAGCCAAUGAAGACCUUCUGCACUGUGGUGGCCUGGCAGGUGCACUGGUGAAAGCCGGUGGCUAUGAAAUCCAACGUGAAAGCAAUCUUUACAUUUCCCACCAUGGCAAAUUGCCAGUUGGUGAGAUAGCUGUCACAGAAGCAUAUCAGCUUCCUUGCAAAUACAUUAUCCAUGCUGUUGGUCCUCUGUGGAAUGUAGCGAAAAGAGAGGAAUGUAUCCAUUUGCUAGAAGUAGUCAUUAAAAAUAUUCUGAAUUAUGUCACAAACUUACCCAAUAUUAAGACAGUAGCAAUUCCAGCGAUAAGCUCUGGAAUUUUUGCCUUUCCUCUGGUUUUGUGUACAAAGACCAUUGUGGAAACUAUCAGCAGCUAUUUUCAAGAUAAACGACCAAUUGGUAAUUUGAAAGAAAUUCAUCUCGUAAGCAAUGAGGAUCCUACUGUGUAUGCCUUUCAAAGCGUUUCAGAACUCAUUCUAAAGGAGAACAAGCUGGAAUCCGGGGCUUUCGCCAAAGAAAUUGAAACAAUUGAGUCUAAAUUGAAGAAUUAUAAUUACAAAGUUCCCCAGAUGACUGAAGCCAAGAUAAAAAGUGAAGUCAGAACUCUAUCUACCACCAUCAAUUUAAUGGGAUCCAACCUAGAAAAGAUAACUGAAGCCGAAGCAUGGAUCCAAAGAAUACUUACCUCACAGGAGCACCACAUAAUUGAGAAUAAUAAUAUCUUCUACCUUGGGAAAAAAGAAUAUGACAACUUGUCUAGACUUCAGAACUCACGUGUGUCUAUCUCAGAGACUAUCAAUGCAGAAAAGGCAAUAUUUGAAAUUAAAGGAUGCCGGGAUGACCUCAUUGAGGUAGUUAUGAAUAUUGAACUUGUACUAUGUGAAGUUCAGGAGGAAAGGACAAGAAAAAAAGAAGAUGCACUUUGCAGCUGGAUAGGAUCACGGACUAAUCAGCAACCAAAAAGCCAAGAUGGAAUGAAAGAAAACAAGUUUUUGAAGUGUAUUGGGCUUGAAACUGCAGAAAUCCAAGAUAGAAGAAAACAAUUUGAAAACUGCGGUUUACGGAUUUUAAAGGUGGAGAAGAUAGACAAUAGGAACCUCGAAACUGCCUUCCAAAACACUAAAAAAAUGAUGGAGCCAAGAACAAAGGGAGUUCCCUUAAGCCAAAUGUUGUUUCAGCGAGUUCCUUAUCAGUUCUGCGACGUGGUAUGCAGAGUUGGCUUUCAAAGAAUGUACUCUAUGUCCUAUGAACCAAAGCUUGGAGCUGGUAUAUACUUUACCAAGAACCUCAAAUGUGUGAUGCACAAAACUAAGGAAACAUCUGUCAAAGACAAGCUGAUCUAUAUUUUUGAAGCUGAAGUUCUCACUGGUUCUUCCUGCAAGGGUCAUCCAUCAAACAUUGUUGCCCCACCACUACAUCCUGGAGACAUUGACAGCCAUGAUAGUGUGGUUGACAUUGUCUCCAGCCCUGAAACUUUUGUUAUUUUUAAUACUAUGCAGGCUCUUCCCAAGUAUUUAUGGACUUGCGCCCAGGAUUAUGUACAACCACAGAGCACAAUGCUCUCUUCUCAACAUCUAUCAAAUGUAUUUUCAAGUGGCAUCCAUGUUUAUCAGACACAAUUUAAGGGCCCCUCUCCAUAUCAGGCUUUGAGGGGAUUUCCAAGGGGAAGUUCUGUUGAUUACCCUCCAUAUCAUUUAAACAAAUAGCAUAGCCUUGGUUUGGAGCAACUAAUGAUCAUCAAUAAUUAAAAUAAUAAUUUGAAUGUCAGUAGGUUGUUUUUAUAGGCUAAUUGAAUUAUUAAAAGAACUAAACACUUACUAGUAUCUUAGUACUUUCAUCUCUUGGUGUUGUGGACCUAACUAAAACAUUGAAGUCCAUUCUUUUUCCUUCAAGUUUUUUUUUCUUUCCUUUACCAUAUAGUUAACCUAAAAUUAUUUUCAUAUGCAACA